UAUGCGUGAUGGACUGCCUAGGGAUAACUUUUACAGAGACUAUAGAUUUGAACUAUUUAAAGCUCAAGGCGAGAAAGAUAUACAGCCAAACCCUUCCACAUAUGGGAGGUCUUUAGCCAAUAGUGCUCGUCGUCUUCGAGAUGAAUAUAAGGCUGAAAAUGACAGAAUUACAUUUACAUUGACAGAACCAUCAGAAGACAAAAAACCUUACAAGUUUCCCUUUAAAAUUAUUAAUGUAGAACCUAAAGAUGCAGGAAUUUACACAUUUGAAGUUAAAGACGAUGCGGCUAAUAAAAUUGUUUUUACAAAGAAGUUAAUAAUUUAUGUUCACUCUAAACCAGAAGAAAUUACAUUUUAUGGAGGAAAUUUGAAUAUUAACUUUACAGCAGACAACAAACAAUCGAGCUUUAUAAAUUUUAAUGAGUCCGAGGGUCAGCUUAUCUGCGAAGGUUCAGUUACUGGUUAUAAAAAAAACAAAAUAAAAUGGGAUUUUAAAGUUGAAAUUGAAGGCGAAGAUAAUGAAAAACUGUUCGAUCCGGGUAACUUUGAAGUACAGACAAACGUUAAGCUUGUUGGUGACACUCCUGGUAUGCAAGUGCCAAAAACUUCCUUAGUAUCAAAGUUUAAAAAAUUCAAGCCAGAUCCGAAAUAUAGUGGUAAACUUAUAACUUGUACUCUACCCGACUGGGAAUUCCAAGAUUUAUCAAUAUCCAGCAAAAAGACAAUUAGAAUUAGAGGUCGUCCAAAUGUGUAUGGACCGAUAAAUCCUAUUGGUGGAGUCUUAACGAAGGAGGGAGUUGUUUUUGCAGAAGUAGUUUCCAGUCCAGAAGUGUCAACUCAUGAAUGGAAAUUUAAUAAUGAAGAGAUAAAGGAAACCGCUGAUUUGAAAUUCGACAAGAAGUAUUUCUGA